GGAAGAUGGCGCAGGGAGACGCAGCGAUCGGUUCUUGCGCUAAAUUUACAUUUAAUCACCUCCCGAACCGAACCUUCAGCGGCCUGGAGAACAGAGACACCCGGGAGCUGCUGACCAAGUGGUCCAUGAACGGCAGAAUCACGGCCCAGGCCUUCCGCUAUGACCAGUACUUCCAGUCCUUUCAGAAAGAUGACUUUGUUCUGGCCUUCUUCCAAGAUCCCAGCGUCGCCUCCCACCUGAAAGUGCUGUCUGGCUCCUCGGGACAAUGGACAACACUGGGGACCAACAUUAAGAAAAUUGAAGCCAGAGAAAUCCCGUGCUCCCGCGUGUCCAUGUCGCUGUUUGACUGUUUGCACAAGGAGAACAUUGUCAAGGAAAGCGGAUACAUCGCCAAAUGCCUCGAUGAAUACGUGGACGAAUUUAUGGUUUCAGAUGAACUUCGUAAGGUCCUUCUUCUGGAAGACUUUGAAAAGUACGAGAUAUUUAGUCCAUCCGACAGACAAGAGUUUCUUUUCCUCCUCUUCAAACACCUCUGUCUUGGGGGAGCCGUCUGCCAGUUUGAAGAUACGAUAGAUCCAUAUCUAGAGACUGCAAAAUCCAUGUACAAAGAAUUGCUGAGUGUUCAAAAGGAUCCUGAGACAAAACAGAUUAAUAUCAUAUCUUCUGUCUUCAAAGUAUCGGCCUAUGAUGAGAAUGGAUUAUGCUAUCCAUCAAGCAAGACUCAUGAGCAGACGUUUGCCUAUCUGAUCGUGGACCCACUGAAGCGUCACGUUGUUGCGCUUUGCCAUUGUUUUGGCGGGGGAAUCUUUUAAAGCUCCGGGAACAUUAGACGGGGCCUAGAAGGCUGUGGUGCUGGACAAAGAAGAAGAAGGAGAAACCAUGGUGCUCCGGAGAGUAGUCCCUUCAUUCCUGCAAGUGGUGGAGGUCCGAGGGAUUGGGCAUCCAUGAUGAGGAAGUGCUGACUUAUACUAGCAACCGCCACAUGCUGCGGUCAGAGUCAUACGUUUGCGAUUUAUUUAUUUUUUCAUGCUUGCAUCUCUCAAGUGAUCUCCCAUUAUAU